UCGUCGUUGUCGUCGUCGUCGUUUGUCGCGGUCCCAAUACGAAUACUGUCGUCUAUUUUUACCCGCGGCUGUAAACCGGCCGGAUUACGACAGUUGCUCGGUGGUUAUUUUGUUUUUCGUCGCCGCACUCGUUGAAAAUAAAAAAUAAAAAAAACACCACGACUCUAACAAACAAUCGUUUGUUAUCGCGCGCGUACGGAGAUCACAUUGUUGUUAUUAUUAUUUAUAUACAUAUAUGCCUGCCCAGAGUGUAUUUUGACUGUAAUUUUACACGCAUGUCGGUUGUACGUGCGUCGGCUCGUCGAUUCGAGUCGGAUUUCUCGACGAAUCGUCGGACGAUAAAAAUUUUAAAAUGACGUAAGCAUAUUUUUACGAACAACACAAAAUAAUCAGAAUAUUACGGUCAUUAUCGAUACGGUCGCGUUUUUUUAUAGUCUACAAUAUAACGUUAUUAUAUUUUAUCGCGUUUGAUUUUGCGCUCGAAUAACGCGUCUGUGUUGUUAUUUCAUUUAGAUUUUGUUAAGGCGGAAUUCGAUUUCAGAAAGAUGCACUUGAAGACCGAAGAUUUCUUCCAGACGAGUGGUUUACAGAUGGAAAAAAAAAAAAAAGGUGAUUAUACUGUCCACGGGUAGGCUACUGUUAUAAGUGGGAAAGGCAGGAUAAUACAUGGGAUAAUUUAUCGUGUAUACUGGGUGCAACGAAAAAGGAGAGACGAACAAGAAGCAGCAAGAAUUGUAAUGAAAAUAGACGUUGGAGAAAAAUGGAAAUUAUUUAUUAAUUAUUUAUUUAUACCAAAAAAUAUGCGAUUCGAUGCGAUUGAGGAUGAUGUGAGGACGGUGUUGAAGAUCGGGUCAAGUGGAAGUUUAGGUGGCGACCCUCUAAAUAGCAGGGGUGAAGGCGAAGGAGAAAAAGAAAAUGAUGUACACAACGAAGGAAAAGAUACUCAGCGGAUUAAUAUUAGACAUAAGUCGAAUAUUUUCCUUUGUGGUCAAGGUGAAAUCAACAACAAAUUUCUAGUUCACACCGAAUAUUAAGAAGACUUAUGAAGAAAAUCGAAAAACCGAUCUCUUCAAUGCACAUACACUAGACUCAAAAUUCUAUAAGAUAUUUCCCAUAAAGUAUUUGAUUGGAGUAUUAUUUCUGAUAGAAAAGUUGUUGUCAACGGAUAAAAAAAAAUUGAAAAUAAAAACAUACCGUAGUAAAACUAAUAAUCGCUCGGAAUCUAAAUGAAAACGCAAAAACAUAAAAUUCGUAUAGAAUUUUAAGAGUGUGUAAAUAUAUUUUGUUGGAUUUAUAAUAAUUUAAUUAUUAAAAUUCUUAAUUAUUUUAUAAUUUUUUGUUUUUUUUUUUAAUAAUAAUAUAUAGGAAUUUUCAAUAUAUCAUAA